AUGUCGCCCCAAGUCGAAAGCAAGUCUUCGUCCAUUGUCAUUGUCGGCGCUGGUGUUUUUGGUCUGAGCACGGCCAUUCAUCUCGCAGAACGGGGAUAUACAAAUGUCACUAUCCUCGAUAAGCAAUCAUACCAAGAUUCGCACUAUGCUUACGAGAAGGAGCGACACACAACCGACUAUGGCUCAUUGAGUUGCUCACAUUGCUCAACUGCAGAUAUCAACAAGAUAAUACGGGCUGCGUACGGCUCCCAAUUUGAGUAUCAAACCCUCGCACUCGACGCCAUUGCCAAAUGGAAGAAAUGGAAUGAGGAGCUCAAGACUGGGAAGACAGUUCCCCCAGGCUUCUCCACCAGCGACGCGCUGUUCGUUAAUAAUAGCACCGUCACCAUGACGACUGGCCUGGAGAUGGACCAAUUCGAAAAGGACACCAUCCGGAACAUGGACCGCGUGGGACUGAGGGAGACGCAGGUCAACCUCCACAAUCCCCAAGACGUGGCCCGCGCAAGAGCGAAAGGAUUCGGAUUCGCCGUGGAUGCUUUCAGCACCAGCAACAUUAGCAGUGUGCUGGACACGCAGUCCGGCUUCGUGUAUGCUGAUCGAGCGUGCCAUUUCGCGCUGCACAAGGCGCAGAAGCUUGGUGUGAAGGCCAUUCUCGGCGGCUCCAAGAGCACGUUCUCGCACUUUCUCGAGAAUGCCGAUGGAAAAAUUACGGGUGUGAAGACGGCUGAUGGAGUGUCACAUCAGGCAGACCUGACGAUCAUGGCUUGCGGAGGGUGGACGCCCUCUCUUCUGACGCAGCUGGACAAUCUCUGCGAGACCACGGCAGGGAGCGUCGCCAUGUUCCAGCUGCCGCAGGACAAAGCUUUGUGGGACAAAUUCGCCCCCGAGAACUUCCCUACAUGGUCGUACGACAUCCGCCGAGGGAAGUACGGUGGCUUGUACGGCUUCGCACGAGACCCGAAUGGUGUCGUGAAGAUUGGCUACCGUGGUACCAAGUUCACCAAUCCCCAGACGCAAGCAGAUGGCGCAAGCAGAAGCGUGCCCGUCACCCGCUGGACGCAAGAAGCCAUCCGUCAGAUCCCGCUCAUGGCGUCUCGCGUCAUCAAAGGCUUUGUGCGGGAUUACCUGCCUGAGCUGAUUGACUGCGAAAUGACAAGCCGACUGUGCUGGUACACAGAUUCCUAUGAUAACCACUUUGUCAUCGAUUUUGUGCCUGACCAUCACGGUCUGAUGGUGGCCACGGGUGGCAGCGGACAUGGUUUUAAGUUUCUCCCUAAUCUCGGUGAGCAUGUUGUGGACAGGAUCGAGGGGAAGAAGAACGACUAUCUGCAGUAUUGGAACUGGAGGAGCCUCGAAAAGGGGGCGAAACCAUAUAACAGUAUUAUGGAGGGUGUAGGUAGCGAUCGAUCCCUGCACCACCAGGCCAUGACGAGCUUGGAUCGGUUCGCGACGCAGCUCAGCCGGCUGUGA